AUGUCCACAGGGAAAUGGCUCAAGAUGCUCGUGGCAGGCACCAUCGUCGCCGUCGGAGGACCGCUCUUCGUCCAAUCAAUCCGCCCCUCAGACGAGGAACUUUUCAGCAGAUACAGCCCCGACCUCAAGAAGGCUGCGCUCGAGAACCGCGAUCGUCAGGAGAAGGAGUACAAUGAGUAUGUGAAUAAGUUGAAGGAGUGGUCCAAGUCUGAUAAAUCGAUCUGGUUCGCCGUCAAGGAAGAGGAAGCCGCGAAAUUGAAGGGACAAGCGCCUACGACAUCUACGACAUCUACGACGGCAUCGACGUCGGCACGAUCAAAAGAGGAAGAGCGGAUACAGAGGGAGGAGAUGCGGAGGGAGUUGCAGGGGGGAAAGUGA